CCUCUAUCAGUCCGCAGCUUUCUUGACCUCCCAAGUCACCUCAAAACCACCAUGUCGACUGCAUCCUCAUUCGUGCGCAAUGGCAAGAAGAUUGUCGCCAUAGGUCGCAACUACAUGGAGCAUGUCAAGGAGCUCAACAACACGGCGCCUAAGGAGCCUUUCUUCUUCCUCAAGCCCACGUCGUCCUACGUGCCGUCGGGUAGCCCAGUCGAGAUUCCACGCGGCGUUCUUGCGCACCAUGAAGUUGAGCUUGGCGUUGUGAUUGGAAAGAAUGGAAGGGACAUUUUGCAGGCAGACGCGGAGCAGUACAUCGCUGGUUAUGCUCUUGCUGUUGACAUGACGGCGCGUAAUGUUCAGGACGCAGUCAAGAAGAAGGGGCUUCCGUGGACUGCCGCAAAGGGCUUUGACACAUUCACGCCUAUUGGUCAGUUCAAGCCCAAAACUCUCAUCAAGGACCCUCACGAUCUCCGCCUAUCGCUCAAGAUCAACGGCGCCUUCAAGCAGAAUGGCACGACCGCCGACAUGAUCUUCCGCAUUCCUCGACUCAUUGAACACGUCUCGUCCAUCAUGGCCCUCGAGGAGGGUGACCUACUUCUCACGGGUACGCCUUCGGGCGUCGGCCCAGUUGCCCCAGGAGACAGUGUCGAGUGUGUCCUCACAACGCCGGAGGGAGAGGUCAUCGACGAGCUAAAGUUCGACGCGAUCCAGCGCGAGAAGGGUUAUGUUUUCAACGAGAACGCCUAAAUAUAGACUGAUCUCUAUCAUUCGUUGAAUAAUUAAGCGCUCAACAUGCUUCGCCGCGUUUCCUUGUGGACUCCUCCUUCUUCAAGCAUGCAGUCAGCGCUUCCAUUUUCUGGGCCCGUUGAUGCUACCCGAAGGCUGGAAUCAUCUUGCAUGAUGGCCUGGUUGAGCGGUCGACCUGACAGACUCGUUCCCAGAGAGUCUACAUAGCGCCUCGGAUGUGGGUGAAAUUUUGGACGUCCACGAGGUUCACUGAUUGAAGGGUUCGACGGUGUUCAUCGUGGCGUAAGAAACUGGGGUUUAAGUAUCAUCGUAUUCAUGUCCGUGUACUCUAUUGCUAUGGAUAAUGCCCUCACGAUAAACU